AUGGCAGCUGUCGCAACGCUUGAUUCACAAAGCAGUAUGUUCAGGAUUGGGCGAAACAUUUUUACCCACAUGACCUUGGAACAGAGACCUGAAAGUUUUGAGGUCUUGGUACAGAGAUACCAGGGAACGGGCCAACGCCAAGAUGGCAAACAGGAGGUUGUGGCAUCGGGAGACACCUUCGGUUGCAAACUUCGUGAUGCAACUCCGGUCGAUUUGGUGGCAAACAUAUCUCUGUGCAGCCUGGAAAACGUUGAUAUUCAAUCAAAGGAGGAUUGCAAUUCCGAUGCAAACUUGCUUUUGUUGCAGAUGGUUGAUAGCAAGGCAUGGAGCUCUUGGGUCACACGAGUGCGCUCUUCAGGGCAACACAAAUUUUGGAUUCCUGAUUCAGGGUCAGAUCCUGCUUGCGUGCAACUUCGCAAUGAAGGUUUGAUCAUUCCAUCGGGGCCUGAGCCAGAUCAUUUUGUAAUUUCAACCAAAGGCGCGAAAGCUUUGGAGGUGAAACUGCAGGUAGGUUCUACGAUGUCAUUGGAAGAUUACCACAAGCAGCAAACAUCCUCGCAGUUGCCAGUGGCGAAGCAAUCUGGUUUUGAAUUGUUUAUGAUGAUGCUCCAUUGUGGAUGGAAUGUGGCACAUCUUGGACGGAAUGACUACUAUGCCUUGGACAAAGACAAAGAGUUUUGCAUUGGAAACGCUGGCAGGGGUUUCCAUCGAACAUAUUUGCUGGCCCUGCUUCAAGCUCAAGCACUUUUCCCUGCCGGGGUCAAAGCUAUUUUCCAUGGGCAGAGCAAAACAUACUAUGAUACCAUGCUUACCCUGGCUGAACGUGGAGAAAGUGCGCGGGAAGCGCUUGUGAAUUUUGGGCCAAACAAAUCAGCAGUUGAGUACAAAAAUUUGUUGAGAACAUUUGAUAAAAAGCAACGAAAAAACGUUUUGGAAAAGGAGCAGCUGGAUUCUCAGGGAUUGGAGGACGCUGAAGAUGAAGAGAGCAUCAUGAAAAUUCUGCAGACAGAUUUUUCGAAAGCUUCUGCCCAAAAAAAAGUGAGAUCUGCAAGUCGCAAAGUUCAAUUUCCAGAGCUGAGACCACAAGGUGUCUUGAGCAUUGACUCUUCUUCCGAAGAUGAUGCGGGUGGUGACGGUGUGAAGGAUACUUCUGGACUAGCCCGAGCCCGAGCCCCACCUGGUGCUCGGGGUCAUGGCAGUCGAUUGGCUGAGGCUGUAGCUACCAUCCAAGAAUAUCAUCAACAAGCAGCAGAGCAAAAGCAGGUCAAAAGAGCUGAGAAAAAUUCACGCACGGUCACUAACCAAUCUGCCGAAGCUGAAAAUUUGGACAUGGAUUUGGACAGUGCCGGGGCCGGCGCCAAGCGAAGGCGCAUGUUUCUCCACACAACGAGUGGCGCGGCUGAGAUCAAACGGACUCCUGAGCAAGACAGUCAGCCUGCAGAUGAUCAGGAACCAAAUGUGAAAGACAAAUCUGCCACUGCCGAUUUGAAUGCACCAGCUGAGCCAGCUGGCCCUUCUGAACCAGCUCGGCAUUUGGCGCCUGAUCCUGAUCCAUCUUCGUCGAGUCGCCCAGCACCUGCGGAAUCAGCUAACUCUUCCAUGUCGAGUCACCCAGCACCUGCAGAAUCAGCUCAGUCUUCCAGUGAUCGUCCAGAUCGACCAAGUUCAGUUGCUUCAGCUCCGCCUCCACCUGCUGUGCGUGCUCGGGACAGAGAAAUACCAUCUUCGUCGUCUUCAAUGUUUAACUUGAGCACUGUGUGGCUGGGAGAUAUUCCAUUGAUCAAACGUCAUGACAAGGACAUAGAAUCUUGA